GGAGCGGCACAGACGGGCGUGCUGGAGAGGCCAGCUGGCGCCCUCGGCGGCCGGCUGCGGGAUGAGGAAGCGGAACGAGCUUGUCACCUUGGAGCAUGAGCGCUGCGUCGCCUCCGGCUCGACCUCCUCAGGCACGGCCGCCGCGGCGCUGGACGCCGACUGCAGUCUGAAGCAGAACCUGCGUCUUCCUGGCAAGGGGUCGGCCGAGUCGCGCUGCGCGGCCGACGCGGGCAUGAAACGAGCUCUGGGCAGGCGAAAGGGCUUGUGGUUCCGACUGCGGAAGAUUCUUCUCUGUAUUUUGGGGUUGUACAUUGCCAUUCCAUUUCUCAUCAAACUAUGUCCUGGAAUACAGGCUAAACUGAUUUUUUUGAAUUUUGUGAGAGUUCCCUACUUCAUUGACUUGAGGAAGCCUCAGGAUCAAGGUUUGAAUCAUACCUGUAAUUAUUACCUCCAGCCAGAAGAAGGCGUGACAAUAGGUGUCUGGCACACUGUCCCAGCUAUCUGGUGGAAGAGUGCCCAAGGAAAGGACCAGAUGUGGUAUGAGGAAGCCUUGGCUUCUAAUCACCCUAUCAUUCUGUACCUGCAUGGAAACGCAGGCACCAGGGGAGGGGACCACCGUGUGGAGCUGUACAAGGUGCUGAGUUCCCUUGGUUACCAUGUCGUCACCUUUGAUUACAGAGGUUGGGGUGACUCAGCAGGAACACCAUCCGAGCAGGGGAUGACAUACGAUGCACUCCAUGUUUUUGACUGGGUGAAAGCAAGAAGUGGUGACAACCCUGUGUACAUUUGGGGCCACUCUUUGGGUACCGGGGUUGCAACAAAUUUGGUGCGACGCCUCUGUGAGCGAGAGACGCCACCAGAUGCUCUUAUAUUGGAAUCCCCAUUCACUAAUAUCCGUGAAGAAGCAAAAAGCCAUCCAUUUUCAGUGAUAUAUCGAUACUUUCCUGGAUUUGACUGGUUUUUCCUCGAUCCCAUUACAAGCAGUGGAAUUAGAUUUGCAAAUGAUGAGAAUGUGAAGCACAUCUCCUGCUCCCUGCUCAUUCUGCAUGCAGAGGAUGACCCAGUUGUGCCCUUCCAACUGGGCAGAAAGCUCUACAACAUCGCUGCACCAUCUCGAAGCUUCCGAGACUUCAAAGUACAGUUUAUUCCCUUUCACUCAGACCUUGGCUAUAGGCACAAGUACAUUUACAAGAGCCCUGAGCUUCCACGGAUUCUAAGGGAGUUCCUGGGGAAAUCGGAGCAGGAGCAUCACCACUGA